CGAAAGUAAUUGUUAUUUUUUCCCCGUGCCCCGUGUUUUUUUUCGCGUCUAGUAGUCCUUGUGCCCGUCGAACGGAAGUGUCAAACUUACCAGUGCUAGUCGCCCCAGUUGUGUAGUCAGUAGGAGCAAGGUUUCCACACAGGACAGACGUGUUUUCUGCUCUCGCUGCCCGGCAAACACAAACAUUUAUUGAAUAUUUUCUACUUUUUUUGUUCGGUCGUGUUUUUUUUUGUUUUGCUAGUCACGUUGUGCCAUCGUUAUUUUUUUUUCGUUUCGGUUUUCGGGGAACAGUGCCGUUGUUCGUUGGGGGUCAACUGACCUUGCGCGCCCCGCACCAUGGACCUGCGCAGCUGGCGUAAGCUUCUUAUCCAGUGGGUGAUCGAGUGUCGCUUCAUUGAACACAACUUCAUCACAUUGGAGCAGUCUGACCUCGAUACCUUCUUCUCGAUUUACGUGCAAAAGGUACAGGUGGCGCCGGUGGAGGAUGAGAACGCGCUGCCGGCCCAGCCCGGGGAGCGCCGCUCCCCCCUGCUGAACUUCCUAAGAGAUCAUUAUCCACAGUUCAGUGCCCGCAUAGAUGGCCGUGGCCAACUCGUGACCUCGGACUACGCGUACGUCUACACACUGCUCCUGCACUACUCGUGCGUGAAGCAGCCCAGCGCGUCCAUCCACAGCAUCUGCAAGAAGCUGCCGGAGCUAGUGCAGACUUGCAUCGCCAACUUCUUCGGCCAGACGUUGGAGCAGCAGCUGACGCGUCAAUUUAUACGCCAGUCUGUGAACAAUGUGGCUGUGGUUUACCGCCAGGGCGUCCAGAUCAGCCCCAGUCGUCCGAGCUGCAGCACCAUGAGUCCCGAGCUGCAGGAGGAUCACGAUCACGACACUAACGUGUACCACUUGGAGAACAAGAGGCUAAUUAAACUCAACGAUACGCUCAAUGAGAUGGUGGCCAAGGGAGACGCACAUCUGGCCGAGAUAAAGGAGCAGCUUGGCGAGAAAGAGCGUCAGAUAGACGAUUUGGGUGCUCAAAUCUUGGAUCUGCGCGAGCGGAAUGAGUGGCUCGGAACUAAGAUCACGCUGAUCGAUGAGGAGCGAAGCAGCGAGGCAAGCCGUUCGGAGAAGGAGCUGCGCUGUCAUACGUACUUGCGUGACAAGUAUAACCAUUGUCGAAGCCAGCUUAAGGAUAGGAUCGAGGACAUGGAUAAGUUGUCCCGCCAACUGGAUGCGUCCAACUGGGAGAACGCGUGUCAACGAGUGCUCCAGUUGCAGUCUGAAUGCGAAUCCCUCAAGGUGACAAUGGAAUCGCUAAACGUGUACAUAAAGACAAGGGCGGAUAAGGAGCAGCGUCUCACCAGCCAACGGGAUGAGCUCAAUAUCCAAAACGAUUUUCUGAACCAGCAGUACGGCAAGUUAAAGGAGGAUUCAGACUAUUUUCUGGGCCGCAUCUCUAGCCUCUUAAGAGCCGACAACUCUGUGAAUUCCCUGACAUCCUCCAUCGACUCGACAACGGACGAAAUUGGCAAGCGGUUCCGUGAUAUUGAAUCGUUGCUCGAGCAGCACAUGAAAUCGUUUGAUGAGACUGAGGCGAGGGUGAAUAGUUUGAACGAUGAGUUGGCAGAUCUUCAGCGACGCAAUGCAGAGCUUACCAAUGAGAACGAGACACUGAUUGCCCAGAAGGUCCAAGAACUGGGUCAACUGGGUGAGGAUAUUGAAAAACUGAAUGACGUGAUUAAAAAACAGAAUGACGAGAUCGCCAGUCUUACCAAAAACAUUCCUCUGUUAGAAAAGGUUGUGAAAAAAACUCAGGACAAGAUGGCGAAGGCUCAUGUGUUGGUACAAAGCUUAAGUACGGCAGCCAUCAAUUCUAUUGCCACCAUUGAGCCUCGUCUUUUGAAAUGGGGUUCAAUCUCUACUUAUGCGGGAUGCACUGAUGCAAAAGACCCCGCGCAAUUCCAAUCUUGGAUGACCCAGUUUGUCGACAUCUAUGACCAAAUGGAUGCCAGUCGCCAGACUCUGGAAAACCGCUACGUUGAGGCCUCGAGCAAAUUGGAUACGCUUAGCCAGGCCAAGAAGCGAUUGGAGGAGCAGGUGCAGCAACUGCAGAAUAAGUCGACUAACGAUCAGAUCCCUAUGCUAAAGCCACUCAACGAAACCAUCAAGAACCUGGAGCUGGUGAACGACAAGCUGACCAAGGACAACCUUAAGCUUCAUGACAUGAAUCUAGAGUUGGGUGAGAGUCUGAUGAAGUCCCACAAAGAGGUGGAACGUCGCGCGACCAAAUACGUCCAGCUGGAGGCUGCGGAUAGGCGGAAGUCCAGCGAUCUGCACGAUUGCCGGAAGAAGCAAGAUGAACAGAAAGCGGAACUGAAGUCCAUGCAGGAAAAAAUGGCCGCGUUAAAGGAAACUUAUGAAAAACAGAUUGAAGAACUGAAAGCUAACUGUGAUCAGCGGUCCAAGGAAGUUGAGAAAGAGGUGGAUGGAACCCAGGACUUGCAAAUAAACCUAAAGGAAAGUGAGGACAAGGUAUCGAAACUAGUGGAAGAGCACAAGCAACUGUUGAAGAACACGAAAGAUGAGCACGAAAAGCGUUGCAAAGAGCUAGAGAAGCAGUUGGCCGAAAAGGAUGAAGAGCAGUCAAAGUUGAAGGCUUUGGAAGAAGAAUGUCAAAAGCGCUGCCAAGACAUCGAGAAGCAGCUGUCCGAGAAGGAGUCCCAGUCCUCGGAGUUGGUCAAAGAGCACGAAGAAGAAGUUAAGACAAUCAAAGCGGAGCUGGAGGAGGCUCGCUACCAGGAGAAGGAGUUGCGCCUAAAGGACAAAGAGCUGCGCGAGACCAUACAGACCCACAAGCAACUAUUAAGGGAAACUACUUCCGAUCUGCAGGAUUCUCGCCUUCAGGAGCAGAGCAUGCGCCAAACUAUGGAGACCCACAAGCAACUAUUGAUGGAAUCGGGUCCCAGCGAGGAGCUCCUCAUUUUGCGUAAUAAGCUGCAGGAGGAAGAGAAGCUUACGAAAGAGCUCAGAGCAAAGCUAGAGAAGCAGGGAUCUAGCGAGGAGCUUCUCAGUUUGCGCAAUAAGCUCCAGGAGGAAGAGAAGCUUACGAAUGAGUUCAGAGCAAAGGUAGAGAAGCUAGAAUCCAGCGAGGAGCUUCUCAGUUUGCGUAAUAAGCUCCAGGAAGAGGUGAAGCUUACGCAUGAGCUCAGGGCAAAGGUAGAGAAGCUAGAAUCCAGCGAGGAGCUUCUCAGUUUUCUCCAGGAAGAGGAGAAGCUUACGCAUGAGCUCAGGGCAAAGGUAGAGAACCGAGAAUCCAGCGAAGAGCUUCUCAGCUUGCGCAAUAAGCUCCAGGCGGAAGAGAAGCUUACGAAUGAGCUCAGGGAACAACUUGAGCACCGAGAAUCCAGCGGGGAGCUGCUCAGCUUGCGCAAUAAGCUCCAGGCGGAAGAGAAGCUUACGAAUGAGCUCAGGGAACAACUUGAGCACCGAGAAUCCAGCGGGGAGCUGCUCAGCUUGCGCAAUAAGCUCCAGGCGGAAGAGAAGCUUACGAACGAGCUCAGGGCACAGCUGGAGAAUCGAGAAUCCAGCGAGGAGCUGCUAAGCUUGCGCAAUAAGCUCCAUGAGGAAGAGAAGCUUACAAACCAACUAAGAGCAGAGCUGCAGGGGUCACGACCCAGCGAGGAGCUUCUCAAUUUGCGUAAUAAGCUCCAGGAAGAAGAGAAACUUACGAAUGAGCUCAGGGCACAACUGGAGAAUCGAGAAUCCAGCGAGGAGCUGCUCAGCUUGCGCAAUAAGCUCCAGGAGGAAGAGAAGCUUACGAACCAAUUAAGAGCACAGCUGGAGGAGCGAGGAUCCAGCGAGGAGCUUCUCAGCUUGCGUAAUAAGCUCCAGGAGGAAGAGAAACUUACGAAUCAGCUCAAGGCGCAGCUAGAGAAGCGAGGGUCCAACAAGGAGCUUGUCAGCUUGCGUAAUAAGCUUCAGGACGAAGAAAAGCUUACUAAGCAGCUCAGGACAAUGCUAGAGAAGAGAGAAUCCAGCAAGGAGUUGGUCAGUUUGCGUAAUAAGCUCCAAGAGGAAGAGAAGGUUACUAAGCAGCUCAGGCUGAAGCUAGAGAAGCAACGUAAAGAACUGAGUAAGGCCAAGGCGGACCUGGAGGACUUGAAAAGCGCCGAUAAGAAUUUGCACAGUCUACAAACCAAACUUAAGGACGAAGAGAAGCUUACUCAUCAACUUAAGGAGGAGCUGAGCUCGGCUAAGGACCAGCUCGGAGGCGAUGCAAGCAGUACUACUGAACUAAGAAAACUGUACGACAACUCCAAGGAGGAGCUGAUCUGUUUGACUAACAAGCUCGAGAACGAAGUGAAGCUUAUGGAUCAGAUGAAAAUGUUGCUAGACAAGCAACACAAAGAUCUGGUCCAGGCCAAGGAGCAGCUCAAGAGCGCCGAGAGCUCCAAGGAGGAACUGCUGGCUCUCCAAACCAAACUUCAGCAUGAACAGAAACUUACGGAUCAGCUUAAGGAGGAGCUGAGCAAGGCCAAGGCCGAACUCGCAAGCAAUGCAAAUAGAACGACGGAACCAAAUAAAUUGUAUCAGAGCUCCAAGCAGGAACUGCUCAGUCUACAAACCAAACUUCAUGACGAACAGAAACUUACGGAUCAUCUGAGGGAUCAGCUUAGGGACGAAAUGAAUAAAUUGUGUGGCAGCUCCAAGGAGGAUCUGCUCAGUUUACAAACUCAGCUCCAGAACGAAGAGAAGAUCAGGAAUCUGCUCAAGAAGAAGCUGUUCGAGAAAGAGGAAGAGCUAAAAACGACCAAGUCCCAACUCGAAAGCAAUGCAAAUCGCAUGGCGCAAGUAAAUGGAAGCUCCAAGGAGGAGAUGCUCGGCUUGCAUAAUAAGCUCCAGGACCAGGAGGAUCUGCUCAGUUUACAAACUCAGCUCCAGAACGAAGAGAAGAUCAGGAAUCUGCUCAAGAAGAAGCUGUUCGAGAAAGAGGAAGAGCUAAAAACGACCAAGUCCCAACUCGAAAGCAAUGCAAAUCGCAUGGCGCAAGUAAAUGGAAGCUCCAAGGAGGAGAUGCUCGGCUUGCAUAAUAAGCUCCAGGACCAGGAGAAUCUAAGUCAUCAGCUCAAUGCUGAGCUGGCCAAGCAGCAGGAGCUGCUCAGCACAGCCAAUGCCCAACUCGAAAGCUACGCACAACUGGAAGCGUUGUUUGACGGCUCAAAGGAUGAGAUGGUAAGGCUUCGGAAUAUGAUUCAUAAGGAACAAAAGCUUUCGGAACAGCUCAGAGCAGAGAUGAAGGAUCAGGCCGAUGCUCACCAGAAGGAAGUGGAUAGUUUGAAACUAGCAAGGGAUUCCAUACUGCCUGAGAUCCAAGUGGUUAAGGGGCGAAUGGUGAAGGCCGAGCGCGAAUACCAGAUCAGUCUGGCCACCCUGGAGGACCAAAUCGAAACGUUGGAUGAGCGCAACAAACAGGCCGAAGUUGAGUGUCUCUCUGCCAAAGAGCGGAUCAAAGAACUGGAGUCAAGUUGCAAGGCCAAGGAGGAUCAGCUCUUGCAAGCCGAGCUCUUGAACGAUUGCCUGGCGCUCGAGAUUAGCUGCCACAAUGGGGAGGUGGAAAAACUAAACCAACAGCUGGCAAAGAAAGAUGAAGAGAUGGCUGAAUUGCGCAAUUGCGCUGGGCGUAACCAGAAGCUGGGGCAGCAGGAUAUGGACGAGUUGCAGCAACGUUUGGAUAGCGAGAUGGUCAAACGCCAAAAGGCCGAGGAUCAGUUGGCCGCAGCCAGCGAACGGCUAACCGAUCUUGUCCAGGAAUUGGACGGAACACGACUCGUCCACGAUGCCUGUCAAUACGAACUGGAGGAGAAGACGCGCGAGAUUGAAACCCUUCGUGCCGAGUCGACGGACCGCAUUCGUUCCUAUAAGGAGCGCCUGGAAGCCUUAUCACAGCAGCUGGCCCAAUGCCAUGACGACCUGGCCGAGCUGAGGUCGGCCAACGAGAGCCGAUCGCAGAGUCCGGAAGCGGACUCCAAUCUCGGCCAGCUGCGCCAGGAGGCGGUGCGAAACAGCAAGCUUGCGCUGGACUGCCAGAUCCUGCAGGCCAAGUAUCGCGACGCCAAGGAUGAGAUCCAGCGCUGCGAGCAGAAGAUCAAGGACCAGCGUCUCGAGAUGGAGGGCAAGUUGGACAAGAUGAAGACCAAGAUGACCCAGACAAAUCUGUCGGUCGAUCCGAAGACUGUUGGCCGCCUCACGAUGGUCUCAAGAGGCACAGAUGUGACACGUGGGGCAGAAGUGGCAGCCGAAGUGGCAGCUGAAGAACAAGCGAUACCAAUGGCAGUACGGAUAUUGGCCAGGCGCAUUGGCGACGAACCGGUAGAGGUCGGUAACCCUGACAACGAACCGGUAGAGGUCGCGAACCCUGACAACGAACCGGUGGUAGAGGUCCGAAACAAUGAAGUCGCGAUCCCGCGCCGUAACGCAUACCAAUACCGAUCCCUGUUAUUGCUGGUCGGCCUGCUUGCCUUACUUUUAGCUGGACUUCUUUUAACUCUAUAUGAACGACACACAGAUCGAUAUCGUUUUUAAUAGCCCAACGGAGUUCUAGACUGACAAAUGUAGAUUUUGUUAUUAGCUAUUUACAUGUUGUUAUAUACUUAUGUACCUACUUUGAAUAUAUAUAUCUGAUAAAUUUCCACAAUGCCACGGCAUUGCCCAAAA